AUGAACAGUAGCGAUCAGAUAGUGAAAGUGCAAAGAGACGCAAGCAAAUAUGUCAACCCAGUAGAAGCUAGGGCAGCCAAAGGAGAAGCAUCACAUCUAUACAUAACUGGAAAACAGAAGCAGACAGAGCAUGAAAAUGCUCCAGUCGAGUAUCGACCCGUACCACCAUACCCAAAGUGGUUGCAAAAGAAAGAGCAAAAUGUGCAAUUUAGAAAGUUCCUUGAUGUGCUGAAGCAGCUGCAUAUCAAGAUACCGCUGGUGGAAGCAUUGGAGCAAAUGUUGACUUAUGUACGCUUCCUUAAGGACAUUCUCACAAAGAAAAGCAAGUCGGGAGAAUACGAAAUUGUGGCAUUGACUAAAGCCUUCAGCACUAUCUUCACAAGCAAAAUUUCGAAAAAGAUGAAGGAUCCUGGGAGCUUUACCAUACCCGUUUCCAUUGGAGGACAGAAGAUAGAACAGACGUUACGUGAUGUAAGAGCAAGUAUUAAUCUCAUGCCCUUAUCCAUCUACAUGAAGUUGGGGAUAGGAGAAGCGCGGCCGACAACAAUCACAUUGCAGUUAGCAGACCGAUCAAUCACAUAUCGUGAAGAAAAAAUCGAGGAUGUUUUAGUGCAAGUAGAUAAAUUUAUUUUCCCUACUGACUUUAUUAUUUUGGACUAUGAUGUAGAUAAGGAGGUUCCUAUCAUUAUGGGAAGACCAUUUCUUUCAACUGGAAGAGCGCUUGUGGAUGUCCAAAAAGGCGAGCUGAUGAUCCACGUUCAAGAUCAUGAGGUGAAGUUCUCAGUCUAUGAUUCCAUGAAGUUGCCUGCUGAAUCAGAAGAAUGCUCAGUGUUGAAGAUUUUGAAUGAAGCUUUAAUAGGGGAAUCAAAUGCAGAAGCAAUGUUGGAGCAUAGUGUAAGUAGGGAUAUUGGAGCUUAA